CAACCGGGACGUGGUAGUUUUUCUGCCGUUUGGAGUUUGUGGCCGCACAACACGAGCUAAAACACAUUCAACUGAAGGUCAGGAAAGUUGGCCGGUAGAUUUUGUCCGUUAACUUCAACCACCUCAACGUUUCCUCCUCGCAAUCACCAGCAUGGAGGUCGGAGAAAAGUUAAAAGAACUAGACAUGACAGUGGAUGAAAUCGACAGACUGACAAAAGCUUUCAAAGACGAGAAAUUCCGGGGACUGCUACGCGAAUACGCACAAGAAUUAUCAGACCCCGAGAAUAAGAAAAGGUAUGAAGAGGAGAUCAAACUUUUGGAGCAGGAGAGAGGAAACACCAUCGAGUUUAUCCACCCGGAACCCUCUAGGUCUCUCAAAACGAGCGUGAACGGCAAGCAGAAGUGUUUUAUCAAUAUCUGUGCCAAUGAUAAAAUUGGUAGGCCUGCAUGUGAGUGUGGUAUGUCGGAGUACGGCCGCAGAGGGCAGUGCUGGUCCUUACCUCACAGUCUGCAUCCAGGGAGACCAGACACAGAUCCAAAAGGGAACAAGAUUGUGAUCUAUGAUGUUAUUUUCCACCCUGACACUCUCUACAUAGCGAGCAAAAAUAAGAGAUUCAUGGAUAUGGUCGACAACACGGCCAUUCAGGGGAUCCAAAAUGCUUUUAAAGUGACUCUGGACAAAAACAACGUGCGAGAGAUGAAUACCAGGUACAAGGGCACCCCUCGGCCUUGUGUCAUCCGAAAACCCAUACCUGGAUACAAAGCCAAGGAGCCCUCAGAGAAGCCUGACCCUCUUGCCUUCCCAUUCCCAGAUGAAAAAAGACCUACCACAUCCUCACAAACAAAACCUACAGAUUCUCCUGCAACAAAAAACAGCAGUGAUGUCCAACCUGCAAGUUUCCAGAUCCAGCCUCAGAAAACUAAAGAGCCAACCAAACCGAACUACACCAUAAAAUAUCGAUCUUUUGUUGACCUGCAGGACUUUAGAUACUCCAGAGACUCAGCCAGGAGCCCCAGGCCCAAAGAGAUAGUGGUCACCAUCGACAUGCCGCUACUGAAGUCCAUCACAGACACCAGCCUUGAGGUAAAAGAGAGAAGCCUGCUGCUAGACUCCAAGAAACCAGCUUACAGACUGGAGCUGCCUCUAGCCUACCCUGUGGAUGAAGACAAAGGAGAGGCAAAGUUCAACAAACAGAGAGGACAGCUGACAGUCACACUGCCUGUUCUCCCAUCUAAUGAGGCUUUCGAUUUUGCUUUAGGGCCUGCUACCACUGUUAGCGAUGCUCAGGGUGUAGGUGACGGUGAAGGGAAGGGAAAGGAAAAUGAGGAGGUUAAAUGUAAAGAGCAGAGGACGGGAAGUAAGGAAGGUGAGGAGGACCAAACAGGUGUUGAGGAGAAAAAGGAAGUUGAAGAGGAGGAUCUGAAGCAGCAGACAAAGGUAGGGAAAGGUGAAGAGGAGGAAGAAGGAGAUGAUCAGAUGGGGAAAGGUCAGGAGGGCGUAGAGGGGGAGGAAAGUGUAUUAGGUGAGGAGGAAAAAUGGAGAGAGCAGAAGAGAAAAGAAGAAAAAAUUGAAGUUAAAAUUGGUUCGGAGAGGGAAGAGGAAAGAAGAGUUGAGGAUCGAAAAAGUGACAAGAUUUCUGAAAGUGAAGUAGAGGAGGAAGAAUUGAAAGAGCAGAAACAAGAAGAUGAGAAAGAAGAUGGAAGAUUGACAGAAAGCCAGUCCCUUUUAAUAACUUCUGAACACGCCUGUGACACAAGUGAAGGGGGAGAAGUAAAUCUGAACUCAUGUUUGGAAUCAACACCCAAAAUGAAGACUUCAGACAUCCAAGAGGAGGCUGAAAAGACAAAAGAAAAUGUACAAGGAAGUGAACAGCUGGAAGCAGAUGCUACAUUUCUGAAUCACACAUCCAGUGAGGAGUCCCACACUACUGCUGCCAUUACUGCGUCUCCCACGCCAGCUGUGGCCACCACUUCAAACCACGACACUGUAAAGGACUGCUGCAUUUCCCAGGGGACUGAAGUGCCUGCAACAGAUAAAGCAAAUGAGUCGAUUAGGGUUUCAGAUUCAGGAAAGCAGGAGGAGACGAAGGACAUGGACGAGGACGACUUGCCGACAGAAGAGAUCUUUCAAACUGCAGAGCGUGACAACAAGUCACCACCAGCCCUGUUGAGGGAAAUUGAUAAAGAUGGAAACGAAACAGUCAUCAGUGAUCAUUCCACUUCUGUUGGGUUCAUCUUCCAAAACAGCCUGAUCUAUGAGCUGGACUGAGGACUGUGUGAAAGAGUUGAGGGGUUUUCUUGUAUUGCAGCAGUUUUAAAAGCAAGUAAUCUCAGUUAACGUCUGCAAUGUCUCAUAUUAAACAUUGUUCAGGUAUUAAAAUCUGACCUCUCUCUUCAGUUACAUAAUCCAAGUAUAUGACAAAAAUGACACAUGAAUAAUUUUGUAUAUCCCAGAAUAAACUACUAAAGACAA